CUCGCCCUCCGUCCAACGACUGUAGAAGGAAGAAAAGUGAUUGUUGUGAGAUGUCACAGAAGGCACCAACCAGGACUUCAUCACUCAUGGCCCUUCAUUCAGAUUCACAUAAGCAGAGCAUCCUGAGCAAAUUUGACAGGCUCAGGAAAAGGGACCUGCUGUGCGACAUCACUCUUGUGGUGGAAGACGUGCACUUCAAGGCGCACAAAGCCCUGCUGGCAGCAAGCAGCGAGUACUUCUCCCUCAUGUUCACAGCAGAGGAUCGGAUCAGUCGGCCGACCUACCGGCUGGAUGGUGUGGCGGCCAAGAUGUUUGCAGCGGUGCUGGAGUUUAUCUACAGCGCCCAGGUGUCUGUGGAGGAGAGCGCCACAGAGCAGCUUCUGGCCACGGCUCGUCUAAUGGAGGUCAGCGACCUUGUGAAGGCGCUCACUGAACUCACACGCUCUGCUGCAGCAGUUGGAGGUGAGGAGGUAGACGUAGCUGAGGCGCCUGAUCUUUCCAAACGCAAAAGAGGACGACCGAAGAAGAACGUGCCUGUCGCAGAGCUGGAGGGAAGAAGUGCACCGUGUGAGAGCUCAGAGGAGACGCAGGCUGGAGACGUGGACUGUGAUGAUGGACUAACUGAGUCACAGCCUAAAGACGAUGCAGAUUAUAACCCGGGAGCACACCGGCAGAGCAAACGCAAGAUCAGGCCACCGGUAAAAUACAAGAGCUACAAGGUGGGCAGCGACCCAGCAGGAAGCAAGGAGCCUGGGAAGAGAGGCAGGAAAAGGAAAUACCCCAACACUGAGGCCCGAUGUGAGGACUGCAACAAGGUGUUCAAAAACCACCUCUUCUUAAAGAUUCAUCAGAGGACUCAUACAGGAGAGAAGCCUUUUCGGUGCCUCGUUUGUGGGAAAGGUUUUACCCAGAAGCACACUCUGCUGGCUCACCAGCGCAUGCACACUGGAGAAAAGCCUUUUGUGUGCACCGUCUGCUCCAAAGCGCUCUCCACCAAACACUCCCUCCAAGAACACAUGAACCUCCAUGAAGAAAAGAAGUCCUUUAGUUGUGAAAAAUGUGGAAAGACUUUUACUCAGAAGAGGCAACUUAAAAGUCACUAUAGAGUCCAUACAGGCAAAUCCUUACCAGAAUGCGCUCAGUGUCAUCACAAGUUUAUGGACACGGCUCAGCUGAAAAAGCACCUGAGAACUCACACAGGUGAGAAGCCCUUCACCUGUGAGAUUUGUGGAAAGUGUUUUACAGCCAAGAGCACACUGCAGACUCAUAUCAGAAUUCACAAAGGGGAGAAGCCAUACGACUGCAGCAUCUGCAACAAAUCCUUCUCAGACCCCAGUGCGAGGCGACGACAUGUCACCUCUCACUCAGGCAAGAAACCCUUCACCUGCUCCUUCUGCAGCCUUUCCUUCACCCGCGUGGACAAUCUGAAAACACACACCAAGUCCCACAACAAGGAAAGAGCUGCAGCGACAGAGGCCCCCUCAGAGGCAGCGGUAGCGGACGCCGCAGCACCGCCGGAGGAGGCGCGAAACAUCCUGCAGCUGCAGCAGUACCAGCUACCCUCCAGCUCUGAACAGGAGAUCCAGCUGGUGGUGACGGGAGAUGUCGACAACAUUAACUUCGUGCCGGCUCAGGAGCAGGAGAUCAGCAUUAUCACCACAGAGGGGCAGACGACAGACUCGGCCCACUCCAGACUCACCCUCCUGGCCCAGUCAUCAGGAAACGUGCAGAACGUGGCUCUGGUCACUCAGGGCGGCGUGGUGGACCAGAGCCCUCAGAUUCAGACUAUCAGUAUGCUGGAGGGCCAGAUGACGCACCAGCCUGAGCAGAUGCAUGUUAUCACUCUGAGUAAAGAGGCGAUUGAGCACCUACAGGCCCAUCACGGUCCCCCGCAGCCCCUUCAGAUAGCGCCACGUCCGGUCCAGCAGCUGCAGGUGAUGCACCAGUCGAUCCAGCAGCUAGCCGUCGCUCAGGAGGCCUCCCAGGGGCAGGUGAGCAGGGAGCAACACAGCCAGGCCAUUCACAUCAGCAGCCAGAGCAGCCAGCCCAUCUCCAUCAGCCAGACCAGCGAGCAGAUCUCCAGCCACCACAUCCAGGGACAGACGUUUCAGAUCCAGGCAGGGACCGUCUCCUACCUGUACACCACCGGGCUGCAGCAGGAGAGCUGAGCCGGACCCAAACCGAUGAUGCUGCUACGUUUUUUUUCUCUCAGGAUGGCGACAGCAUGACCUGCCCUACUCUGCCUCUUAUUGGCUAACCCUGAUAUUCUUACCUGACCACAUACCAGUGCACCGCUGGUUUCCUUUCAUGUCAGUACUCAGUCAAAAGUCAAAGUGCAGACAUCUUCUUAGAAACUCAGGCAUCUGAGAUUUUCAGAGUCUCCUCACAUCGAUAUACUGAUAUAGAGCUUCUUUUAAGUGUUUGAAUGAAAGAAAAUAGAGGCGACUAAAUGUUAACUUAUGGAUUUUAUUAUCUCAAUCAAGCUUCAGGCAUCACUUAGUCGAUUGCAGCCAGUACUGAACAUGAAUUGAAACCACUGCUUAAGAUUAAUGCAUGAAUUAAUCUAAAGACCUUCAGCAGGCUUUAAGAAAUGUCAGAGUGAAUGCAAUAUUUUAUUUUCAAUUGAGAGAAAUGAUCAGUUUUAAAUGAAGCAAAAGGUCAUGUGGGACUGAAAUCUGGACCAGAGCAGCAUAAUGGUGCUGCACUGUGUUUGAAGGGAACACACUGGUACAGUAUAGUAUGACUGUGGUGGGUGAUGUUCUAAAAUGGAUCAUAAAACGCUUUGAUGAAAAAGAAUGAGCGAACCCUUGCUGAGGUUUAUGUCAUUGAAAACAACAUAAAUAUGCAAUGCUCACACACCUGCAGAACACACAGUAAAUGUGGAGAUUCAGCCGUCGGCACGGAAACCACAGAGCACUCUGCAUGUCAAACAGCAGCUAACUUGUUUAACAAGUUGAUGCUGCUUUACAGAAUACCCAGCAGUAAAUCUCACAGGCCCGGCAACGUCGCCUCAGCAGUCAGGGCUCGCAGGCGAGUCGGAUCCUGAAAGAGCAACAAAGGCUGAUCUGAAUGUGGAUUCAUCCAAGGACAUUAUAACAGCAGCCUUGUGUAUUGGUUUCUAAAAGAAAAUAACGGUAUGUUUCAUGUAUGUUAUAAAACACAGGAUGUUGUUAUGUGAAGAGGCGGUGCUGCAGCUGAUUGGAUGUUUUAAAGAUGGAGCUGGACACCACUGCACUCAAAUAAAGCACAUAUACAGGACUUCCAGUAUGUUAGAGAUGAUUUAAUGCUUGAUGUUGGAAACCAUAGAUGAAAAAACUGUCUUACCAACCAGGUCCAUUUAAGAGCUAUUCUGGAGCUUUCCAUCAUAUUACAUGAUCUUCAUCAGUUCUGAUGGCUUCCAAAGGCAACUGGACUUGCUUGUGGUUCUAGAAGACGUUUCACUUCUCAUCCAAGAGGCUUCCUCAGUUCUGACUGACUGGUGGGGAGUCUAUUUAUCCUCUUGCAGGAUCAUAGACCCACCUAGCCAUGGUGUUGAUGAGUCAAAGG